AUGAGAAGAAAAGAAGAGAAGAAGAAGAAGAAGAAGAAGAAGAAGAAGAGGAAGAAAAUUAUUCGUAUUAGAGUUAAACUCUUCCAGUUUGCGAAAAACAGAUUAAAGAGGGAUUACGAACGAAAUGUGCAGAACGCAGAGGCCCAACCAAGUACAGACACGAACGUUUUCGUGACCAGACGCAACGGCGGUACCGAUGACGACGACGACGACGAUGAUGAUGAUGAUGAUGAUUAUGACGAUGGUGGUGGUGGCGUUGAUGACGACGACCGCGACGACGACACCGAUGAUGAAGACUUCAAUCACGGCAGAGUGUUGUUUCUUCCUCUCUCACUCUUUUAA